ACUUUUUUCCGCUUACAAUGUCUGCUAUGGCACCCGUCGAAUUGAAAAGCCAUACUAGGGACAUCGAACAUGAAAACUUGGACAAAGAUAUCGGCGAUGUUAGGAAGCUCGAUACAGCUUCGCAAUUCUUAGCAGACAAAAAUGAGUAUCCGCCUUUGACACCGGAAGCCGAGAAGAAGCUUUUGAGAAAAGUUGAUUGGAUCAUGAUCCCAAUGCUUUUUUUGACUGCUACAUUUGGAGCCGUUGAUAAAGUUUCUCUUAGCACAGCGGCCAUAUACGGAUUUCAGACGGACAUGCACCUUGUCAGGCAGCAAUACUCCUGGUUAGGUUCGAUUUUGUCACUUGGUGCGCUCGCUGGAAUGUUUCCCUCAACUUACUUAAUCCAACGGCUACCGUCCGCAAAAUACUUGUGUUGCUGUAGCAUUGGCUGGUCGGCAAUGGCUCUACUUAUGCCAGCUUGCAAGGGAUGGAGUGGGUUGAUGGCGGUUAGGUUCUUUAUGGGAUGCUUCGAAGCCAUAAUCGUCCCAGGAAUAUCUCUAAUAAUUGCAGCAUUUUAUAAGAAGAACGAACAACCUCCAAGAAAUGCACUCGUCUUUGCUGCUGCAAGCUCUGUCGUAAAUGGGUUCCUCUCCUGGACUAUUGGGCAUAUCAAAGCCCCUUUACCAAUAUGGAAGUAUUUGUUUUUAAUCAUAGGCAAGCAUGACAAACCGUCUCUAUACAGCUCCAUAACGUUUGCUUGGUCCUUGGUGAUUUUGAUCUUUCUGCCAGCAACGCCGAUGGAAGCAAUAUUCCUUAGUAAAGAAGAAAAAUACCACUUGAUUCACAGAGUUGCAGAGAACAGUACUGGCAUCGAAAAUAAGGAGUGGAAGUGGGCCCAGUUUCUGGAAGCAAUCGUUGACCCGAAAACUUGGUUGAUCUUCAUCUUUAAUAUUGCUAUAAAUAUUCCAAAUGGUGGCUUGCUCACCUACAACAGCAUACUCAUUGCAAAUUUCGGAUUCUCGCCUGUCGAAGCAUCACUGUUGAGCAUGCCUACCGGCGUGAUGAGCACACUUUCAGCAAUCUUAUUUUCGUAUGCCGGGGCAAAGCUGGCAAAUUGUCGGUGUUUAGCCACUAUCAUAGCGUGUAUCAUUCCGAUUAUAGGUACUGUCAUCGUCUAUACACUGCCACGAAAUAACAUCGGAGGUCAAAUGGUUGGGGUCUACCUGUUGUACACAUACUUUGGUCCCUAUAUCUCAGCAAUAGGCUUAGCUCAAGCAAAUACGGCCGGUAGUACCAAGAAGAUAGUUGUCUUUGCGAUCCUUUACAUAGGUUAUGCGGUGGGCAGCCUAAUUGGGCCACAGACGUUCCGUUCAAACCAGGCACCCGCUUACACAGGAGGGGUUGUGGCGAUGAUAAUCUGUUACUGCAUCUGUAUUGGGCUAAUUUGUGCCUAUUGGGCUAUAUGUGUGGUUCAGAACAAGCGACGGUCCAGCUUAGUCGUUCAGGUAGAUGUGGAUGGUACCGGGAGCCUUCUUGAUCGGACUGAUUUCGAACAAGAAAGGUUUAUAUACACUACCUGAGAAGAUGAGUACGAAAGUCCGGGCACAUCCUUCAGGGUAUUUUCAUCAAGGC